UGUCACAUGACCGCGAGGACAGUAACAAAGUACAACCCUUUUUACCAUCCACCAUGAACGGCAACGGCCAACUUUUGUGUAUUGUCAUUUUAGGCGCCUGCAUAUCAAUAAUUAAUGGAGCUACUGUCCCAUCAUUAGUGUCAUCAGCUGUUGUGUCUGCAAGUAGUGGCAAUGAUACAUCUAUCGCACCAGCAGAAACGACAGUAAACCCUGGUACCGUAACAACAGGAACAGGGACAACAUUGAAUGCCCAGACAACACAACCAACAAAUCCCGGAGGUACAACACAAGUAACAACACCAUUAACACCGGCCAAGGAAACUACACAACCUCCAACCAAACCCGUUGUUUCUACAGGAACAACACCAAAUAAACCAACCACAACCAUAAAACCAGCUGAAGGACGUAAAUUUGACGGACCAUCUUUUGGUGGUGGUUUCGGUUUAGCGGCUGGCUUAGUUAUAAUAUUUGGAAUUGGAUAUUGCUGUUAUACAAGACGAAAAUCAAGUGGUGGAUAUAGCCAGUAUUAAUAAUGUAGUGAAUGCUAUAAGAUUGAAAUUAUUAACAACCAUAUGUUCUGUUUUAUAUGUGGACUUUAAAUGUUUUGAAGUUUUUAUAUCCAAAUUGAACUUCUAGAACACGGCAGUUAAAAAAGGAUCUCAUUUCGUCCACUGUUAUUCUUGUUUUGACAUGAAUACUGUAUCAAUGGAGAUUGUAUUAAUUAAAUGUUUUACGUUA